AUGUCCACAAACAUUACAUGGCAUGAAGGUGCAGUUACGCAAAUCGAGCGUCAGCAACUUUUGGGUCAAAAAGGCCUCACGUUAUGGUUCACGGGGCUCUCGGCAUCAGGAAAAUCCACACUUGCCUGCGUGUUAGAACAACACCUUUUGCACUGUGGAAUAGCGAGUUAUCGACUUGACGGAGAUAACAUACGACAUGGAUUGAAUAAGGAUAUGGGAUUUGGUCCAAAAGAUCGAGUUGAGAAUAUUCGACGGAUUGCCGAGGUCGCGAAAUUAUUUGCCGAUGCAACACUUAUCACUCUUGUUUCAUUCAUCUCGCCAUAUAGAGAAGAUCGCGAUGCUGCGAGAAAAUUGCACGAGGAAAGUGGAAUUCCGUUCAUCGAGAUAUACGUCGACGCACCAUUAGAGAUAGUGGAGCAACGUGAUCCGAAAGGACUCUAUAAAAAAGCUAAAGCUGGGGAGAUUAAAGAAUUCACUGGAAUCUCAGCACCCUACGAAGCACCGACCUCGCCGGAACUUCACAUUCGCACCGGCGAAUUGUCAAUUGAAGACGGAGCGAAACUUAUCGUUGAUUACUUGACUGAACGUGGGUAUUGCAAAUUUGAGACGACUAAAAGAAUCACGACAGCAUCGUCUGAUAAGGCAGAGUUAAAUUCUCAGGCUUUUACGAAUAAGAUAGGAGAAAUAGUAAAUUAA